UCACUUGACUUUGAGUCGAGCGCCACUUUUUGACACUGCAUUGCGAUAGAUAUUUAAAAAUGUUGAAAGCUUUCAGGCAGUAGCCUGAACAGUCAUUAAUCAACUUGGUUUUCAAGCACAAUGGACAAAGGAAUCCGAGAAAAUCAACGUCCCAUCCUCAUGUGCCUCUUCCCACUGUUCAUUCUUGCAGGCGCUGUCGAAGCUGUGAUUCCACAAAGCAAUUAUGUAAGCGUUCUGAUGAACCAUGGACAGGAGAUUAGGGGAACCAGAGAGACGUUGAAAGAUGGCCGAAAGAUCGACGUUUUCCGAGGAAUUCCUUAUGCUGAACCCCCGACUGGUCAAAGACGUUUCAAAGCACCGGUGGAGUCCGCGGGCUGGUCAGGGACCAAAUAUGCUCUGCACGAAGCCCCAAGAUGCCUUCAGAGUAUCACCCCAAAGCCUGGCACGAAUGAAUCAGAGGACUGUCUAUUUUUGGAUGUGCUCACCCCGGGCGUGAACGGGUCCUCCUCCUCCUCAUCCUACCCCGUCAUGGUGUGGAUACACGGAGGGGCGUUCCUCCAAGGCGGAGCUUACAAGGCUUAUGGGUCCAGUAUGGCCGCUACCGGCGUCGUGGUAGUAGCCAUGAACUACAGGCUCGGACCGUUUGGAUUUUUGUCCACAGGCGAUGACGUCAUGCCAGGGAAUUAUGGCAUGCUGGAUCAGUUGCUGGCGCUGAAAUGGGUGCAGAAAUAUGUCCACGUCUUUGGUGGAGACCCUAGUCACGUUACUAUCGCUGGUCACAGCGCUGGAUCUGCCUCCGUGUCCUUUCACGUCUUGUCUCCUUUGUCUGUGGGUUUGUUCCAGCGAGCCAUCAUGAUGAGUGGUUUUUCGCUGUGUCCCUGGACUGUAGAAAGACCGGGGACUAAAGUAAGCCUGAAAGAAUUCACGACUUUGUUAGGAAAGGAAGUGGGUUGUACAGAGUCUAGCUCGAAAGAGAUGUUUAUAUGUCUGCAAAAUGCAAAUGCUAAUGCAAUUAGUAAUGCUACAUUUGAAGUGCAAAAACACAAAGGGGUACAAUUUCUGGCAUCACCAAGAGUUGAGAAUACGUUCGGAUUUCUUCCCAAAGACCCCUUGGAUAUCUUUCUCAGUGGCAAUUUUAGUCGAGUUGACACAAUCCGAGGUUUCGCAUCAGGCGAGUGGCCAUAUUUCAUAUACGAUCCAGAUGACGACGGUAUUUCAAGGGAUGACUUCAAGCCAGAUUACGAGAAGUUCCAAGGCAUUUACGCCUACAAAAACAGUAGUUACAUCACUAACAUCGUCUCAAAUUCUUACCUAGGCAACACCUCUGAUCCCAUAGCAGUUCGCACCCAAUUAUUUGAUGCGCUGUUGGACACACUUUUCGCUGCACCAGCUGUGAUGGAAAUUGAGCAGUCUUUGUGGGGUUCAAACUCAGGGAAGCAUUAUCUAUAUCAGUUUAGUUACAGGGCAAGCGACACAGUCACUCCAGCCUGGGAAGGAGUUUCGCACUACGAAGAAAUUGCAAUUCUACAGAACCGAGUCACUGAUCCGGCCGAUCGAUCUGUUGCAUUGUUGACAGAAAGCGUUGUCUCAAACUUUGUAAAAACGGGAAACCCCACUGCGACACGAGUCGAGAACAAUGGCGAAGUACUUCAGUGGGAACCGUUCACGAGCAGCAACCCCGCCCUACUCAACAUCGACUCAAAAGCUUCACUCCAGAAGUUCCCCAGACUGGAUAAAGUUCCUUUUUACAAAACGAUGUUGGACGCGUUGAGGGAGACGUCUUCGGGCUAACGGUGCCGUUGAGAAUUGAAAUAGCCCUUCACCAGAAAGCACUGUCGAAAUAUGAUUUGCUACUAUGGCAAUACAUGUAUCUGCCCCCCCCCCCCCCCCGAAAAAGGAAAAGAAAUAAACUUUUAAAAAAUCAUCAUAAAUGAAUAGUCAUAUACAUGUGAAUGUAAAUACAGCUUAUGAAAAUGAAAGUGACGCAAAUCUAGACCCCACCAUGCCCCUUAAAAAAAUCGACAUGAACUAGACCAUAAUUUAGGAGAUGGGCUUCGAUCCUACCUGUCAGGACCUACCCGAGCUGAAAAUGAGAGGGAUACAACUUCCCCGGAGAAAUGCCGAGAUAUUUAAUACAAAUUCUCCUCUCGCAGGAAUCGAGCUCAGGUCUUCUGCGUGGGACGGCGAAGCACCCAACCGCUACACCACAGACUCCGGUCGACUGAUGUCCUUCGCACGAAAUCAUGACAUUGCCGUUGACAAUGUGUUAAAAAAUCCUCAACAACAACAGCAACCUAAAAAAAGAUUACCAAUUCAGCAAAGUACAAUUUUUCCCUUCUGGAGUUUUUGAAAGACAGUCGAGUCUUCCGAAACAACUCACAAACAAUCGAAGAACUGAAGCUUAAUUGGUCGCUUUUAAGGACAAGCGGGCGAACCCAGAUUUCGGGGGUUUCCA